GAGAGAGUGUGGACCCAGCACUGGCCGGCCUCUUGGGUCGCCAUGGACCACGUUCCAAGCAGCCCUUCGUGGUGACCUUUUUCCAGGAGAGUGAAAACCAGGUCAGACUCCCCCGAGCGGCCAAGCAGGCAAAACGACGACUGCAGCACAGGAAGAGCUACAGCUUCCCGCACUCCAACAGGCUCCCAGGGGUUUUUGAUGAUGUGUAUGUUUCUGAACAUAGCCAGGUCUGCAGAAGGCAUGAACUGAAUGUCAAGUUUCAAGAUUUUGAUUGGCUGGACUGGGUGAUUGCCCCCCAGAGUUACCCCGCAUUCUACUGUGAUGGAGAGUGUGUGUUUCCCCUGAAUUCCUCCAUGAACGCCACCAACCAUGCCAUCGUCCAGUCGCUGGUCAGUAUCUCUUGCGGGAGGCAGCAGAUGAAGCUUUUGUGCCUUGUUGUUGUUGUUGUUGUUUUUUACAUCCACCUCCACGGCUAA